AUUGACUUGAAGUCUGUUUCAUCUCUCUCUCUCUCUCUCUCUCUCUAUCCGUCUUGAAUAAAUCCAUCGGCUUCAGACUGAACUCUCGUGUCCUUCAGAUUCCGCCAUAGCUCCCCUUUCCGCUUCAACCGAGAGCUACCCUUACUUAGCUCCCACAAGCAAAACCUCUCAUCAAUGGCGGCCUCCUCCCCACCGCUCCUCCUCUUCUUCUUCCUCUUCCUCCUGUCGUCCUCUUCAAUACCAUUCUCCUCCUCCCGCACGGUCCCGUACGAGUACUCCCAAAUCGACACCGCAUUCCUCGACGUCUCCGCCACUCUGGAGCAGACCCUCGACGUCCUCUCCUUCUCCCCCCAGACACUCCAAGAAGAACCCCUCGAGACCGUCGCCGCCACCGCCGCCGCCGCGCCGGGCUCCUUCCUCCUCCGCCUCCACCCCCGGGAGACCCUGACGGAACCCACCCACGAGGACUACCGGUCCCUGGUCCUGACUCGGCUCGCCCGCGACACCGCCCGGGUCGAUUCGCUCAACGCCAAGCUAGCGCUGGCCCUCGGCAACGUUACCCGUUCCGACCUCAAGCCGGACAGGUCCAGGUCGUCGGAGCUGCUCCGCCCCGAGGACCUGUCGACCCCCGUGAUGUCCGGGACGAGCCAGGGGAGCGGCGAGUACUUCUCCCGCGUCGGCGUCGGCAGCCCCCCGGGGCAGUAUUAUAUGGUCCUGGACACCGGCAGCGACGUCAACUGGCUCCAGUGCCAGCCGUGUGCCGACUGCUACCAGCAGGCCGACCCGGUCUACAACCCCUCCGCCUCCUCCACGCACCGGGCCCUCACCUGCGGGGCCCCUCAGUGCGCCGCCCUCGAGGUCUCGUCCUGUCGGAGCAACCAGUGCUUGUACCAGGUCUCCUACGGCGACGGAUCCUUCACCGUCGGGAACUUCGUUACCGAGACGCUGACGUUCGGGAACUCCGGGAAGGUGAACGACGUCGCAUUGGGCUGCGGGCACGACAACGAAGGGCUGUUCGUCGGCUCCGCGGGGCUUCUCGGGCUCGGCGGCGGCCCGCUCUCGCUGACCAACCAGAUCAAGACCAGCUCCUUCUCCUACUGCCUCGUCGAUCGUGACUCCACCAAGUCGUCGACGCUGGAGUUCAACACAGGCGGGCUCGCGGCAGAUUCCGUCACCGCCCCGCUGGUGAAGAACAGCAAGAUGGACACGUUCUACUACGUGGGUCUCACCGGGAUGAGCGUCGGGGGUUCCCUGGUCUCGAUCCCGCCGUCGCUGUUCCAAAUGGACGACUCCGGCAACGGCGGGAUCAUCGUCGACUCCGGGACCGCCAUAACCCGGCUGCAGACGGAGGCUUACAACUCCCUAAGGGAUGCGUUCGUGAAGAUGACGAAGAACCUCAAACCGGCGAGCGGGUUCGCCCUCUUCGACACGUGCUACGACUUCAGCUCCCUGUCGCAGGUCCGGGUCCCGACGGUGUCGUUCCACUUCGCCGGCGGCAAGGCGUUGACCCUCCCGGCGAAGAACUACCUCAUCCCAGUCGACUCGGCGGGGACGUUCUGCUUCGCCUUUGCUCCGACGUCGUCGUCGAUGUCGAUCAUCGGGAACGUGCAGCAGCAGGGGACGCGCGUCGCCUUCGACUUGGCCAGCUCCCUUGUGGGCUUCUCUCCGAACAAGUGCUAGUCGGGAGGGGAAUUUUCGGGCGCGGACAGGUCCACCGUAAUAGUGUAGACGAAAUGAUCGACUUAUAUUAUUGGAUGCUCUGAAAGUUCGCAGUAAACAAAAGCCGUAACACUCGGAGCUCUCUCGAUCAUUCAUAUAAACACCGAAGUUUUAGAAGCUUUGUCGAUUCAGCUAUUCUAAAAUGCCAUUACAUACUCCCAGAUGUUAUAUUUUCCAGUGACGUGUUUGAUGCUUUCACGCCGCGGAGCAACAAAUUUACCGUUGUGGCAUUGAAAGAGGGUUGUUGAACUUGUUUUUUGUCCUUUUUUUUGUUUUUUGUUUUUUGUUUUACUACAGGAAAUAGGGGAAGAAGGGUUGGGGUUAGCAAUCAAAGGAAAGAUUUUUAAUGUAACGAAUAUCAAUCAAGGAAAGGACCGCCGGGUAGGUGGUUGGUCCGACGGUGGGGGCCAGCCGAAAUAAGUGGGAAAGGGGCUUGUAUUUGUCUGCUUGUCAUAAUUGUACUGUUCUCUGCGUGUUGUUUGCUCAAUAGUGGCAGUGUACAGUGAAUUAGCUGGAAAG